CCGGUGGCAAUGGCAGACCUUUAGUCGGGCCUAUAAGAAGGAGGGGGAGCUCCGGGCCUUUGAGGUCGUGCCCCGGUCGUCGUCCCAAGUUGGGUUGUCGUCUUCUUCCUCAGACACACUGAUCAGAGGACCAACACCGAGACCGAGACCAACCUGAGAUUGAACACAAUGGAGACCUUCCUAUUCACUUCCGAGUCCGUGAACGAGGGCCACCCCGACAAGCUCUGCGACCAAAUCUCAGAUGCGGUCCUCGAUGCCUGCCUCGCUCAGGACCCUGACAGCAAGGUUGCGUGCGAGACCUGUACUAAGACCAACAUGGUCAUGGUGUUUGGGGAGAUCACCACCAAGGCCAACGCAGACUAUGAGAAGAUUGUUCGCGACACGUGCCGUGAGAUCGGGUUUGUGUCUGAUGAUGUGGGCCUCGAUGCCGACAAGUGCAAGGUCCUCGUCAACAUCGAGCAGCAGAGCCCUGACAUUGCACAGGGUGUCCAUGGCCACCUCACCAAGCGGCCGGAGGAGAUAGGUGCUGGCGAUCAGGGCCACAUGUUUGGGUAUGCAACUGAUGAGACCCCUGAGUUGAUGCCUCUGAGCCACGUGCUGGCGACUAAGCUCGGGGCCCGCCUCACUGAGGUCAGGAAGAGCGGGACGUGCCCUUGGCUCAGACCCGAUGGGAAGACCCAGGUCACCGUGGAGUAUUAUAAUGAUAAUGGGGCCAUGGUCCCUGUCCGGGUGCACACUGUACUCAUCUCAACCCAACACGAUGAGACUGUCACGAACGAUGAGAUUGCUGCUGAUCUCAAGGAACACGUGAUCAAGCCCGUCAUCCCCGAGAAGUACUUGGAUGAGAAGACCAUCUUCCACCUCAACCCGUCAGGCCGGUUCGUUAUUGGGGGACCCCAUGGCGAUGCAGGUCUCACUGGCCGUAAGAUCAUUAUUGACACUUAUGGUGGAUGGGGAGCCCACGGAGGCGGGGCAUUCUCCGGUAAGGACCCAACUAAAGUCGACCGAAGUGGGGCCUACAUAGUCAGGCAGGCCGCCAAGAGUAUUGUCGCGAGUGGGCUUGCCCGGAGGUGCAUCGUGCAGGUCUCCUAUGCCAUUGGAGUGCCCGAGCCUCUGUCUGUAUUCGUGGACACUUACGGGACCGGGAAGAUUCCUGACAAGGAAAUCCUCAAGAUUGUCAUGGAGAACUUCGACUUCAGGCCGGGAAUGAUCGCUAUAAACCUUGAUCUCAAGAGAGGCGGGAACAGCAGGUUCCUCAAAACUGCUGCUUACGGGCAUUUCGGAAGGGACGACCCGGACUUCACCUGGGAGGUCGUGAAGCCGCUCAAGUCAGACAAGCCUCAAGCUUAACAGACGAAAGAGCCCCGAGUAAUCAGUCCCGUGCUCUCUGCUGUUCGAUUGGAUGCUUGCUUUACUAAAGUAGCGGACGGAUAAUCUACUCGCUUUGCUUGCAGCUGAAGCCAGUCCUAUCCGAAUGAUCGUCUCAUACAUACGCAAUACGUCGUGCCCUGUGCUGUUUUAUGUUUCGUUCUUUUACCUUUUCCAUAUCAAAUGUUUGAUGUUGUCCUGCUCCCAAUAUAAGGGCAUUCUGGUAUGUGAUGGGAAUUUUCCAUAAAUCAAUGAUAUCAAAUUCGAUCGCUUAUAUUAUGAA